CAAAGGUUGGUGUGACGGUGAUGACGGAAGAAACUGUGUUAACACAAGCAUUUACAAUCGUGUCUCUGCAGCAACGCUCAUGUCGUAUGCGCACAUCCCUUACACUCGAAACGAGAUUCUUCAAUCCCUCGAACCAAAAGAGGGUAUGGCUGUAUGGAUAUACUGUUCAUCCCCGCAACAACCGAAUCGUGUCCCGGAGACUUCACGUAGUAACGGCACAAUCGACAAUCUCAUCCGCAUCUCCGAUCCGAUGGGGCUCUUUGAUCAACGAAUGCCAGGGUUACGAGGAGGUUGAGAUUCGAUCUCAAGAGCGGCGAGGGGAGAGGAGGAAGCAGGCGAGAAUGCGGUGCGCACGCAGACAUUCGCGACGCUGCUUCGUCUUUUUCGUGCCCGAGUGGUAGAGGAGAGUUAAGCUGGGUGCUCUCAAAUAGGGACCAUGGGUAGAAUUCAUUGAAGGGGGCAACUACCAAGUUACGGACUUCCGAGCUGACGUCCUUCGUCGGAGGUGGGAGCUUCACGGCGCCCAUGAGGCUAUGACGAUGGAAGAGGAGAGCUAGACAGGCUUCGCCGAUGGCGCCUUCUGCCGCUGCCUCGGCCCAGCACCGGCCUCGCUCCACCUUCGGGGCUGCCGACGCCGUCCCCAUGGUGGUUGUGACGGUACCCUCGUCGUCGGUGUCGACUGCGAAUCAGCAUCAAAACCAUUACCAUCACCGUGGGGCUGGUGCUCCUGGCUUCGCUUAUUCCACAGUUGGCUCUGGCAUGGACAAUCCGCCAAUUGAUGUUCGCAGACACCGCCGCACACAUUCGACAUCGUCCGCUCACGUUGCACCUCCUCAGAUCUUUGAUGGCAGAAAUGAGAAGAUACGUUUUCUCAGUCGGUCUCUUUCGGGGUCGAAGCUGAAUGCAGAAGCUCCGGCAUUUGUUCCUAAGGGUUUGCAGAUAGCCUUUUCCACGUCUUUACCUGUAUCAGAGCGCCCAAAAGGGUUUGAGUUGGGUCUCCCGUCUCAGAUUCAAGCUCCGACACCUGUAAUUCCUGCGGUCAAACCUCCCCCGUGCGUGGCGAACGCUUCUGUGCCGGUAGUUGUCGUUCCUACCGUGGAGGAGUAUAUUGCAGAGUGUGUACCUAGUAGUGAUGGUAUGGAAGCAAAAGAUGGUCCCAACGGCGUGCUGGCAGUGGGGCAUGUUGCGGAGAGCGAGCAGGGUCAAGGAACUGCAGCUACCGUGGUGCAGCCUGCGAAACCUAUGGUUACGGAGGAGGUGAAGUCUAAGAUUGUGAACCAGGUGGAGCUCUGGUUCAGUGACACGAACCUUCCAACAGAUAACUACCUGAUGAAGUUUGUGAAGAAGGAUCCAGAAGGCUUUGUCCCGAUACCUGUGGUGGCGUCGCUCAGGAAGAUCAAGAACCUGGUGAAGAAUCACGGAGUUGUAGCAGCGGCCUUGAGAAAUUCAACACUGCUGGUGGUUAGUGAGGACGGGAAAAGGGUCCGGCGCGCUCACCCACUUCCAGAAGUCAAUCUUGAGGAAGUUCAGUCACGUACUGUUGUAGCUGAGGAUCUGCCAGAGAAUUCUUCCAUUGGGAGUAUUCAGGAGUUAUUUGGGAAAGUGGGGAAAGUGAAGUCGGUUCGCAUAUGUCCUCCAGAAGUUGCGAACGGGGCUAUUUCUUCUUCUGCAAAACAUCCCAAAACUGAUAUCCUCAUUAGUAAUAAGUUGCAUGCCCUGGUGGAGUUUGAAACAGUGGAGCUUGCUGAAAAAGCUGUGGUGGAAUUAACAAAUGAGCGGAACUGGAGGAGUGGACUACGUACACGCUUGUUGCAGCGACGCCAGUUUCAGAGCAAGCUUAACUACCAGCAGGCCCCUCAUCAGAGAACGCGCAAACCAAGCAUGGACAACAUCGAUCUGACCAUGAAAGAGGAAGAAGGUAAAAAGCUGGAGAAGAACGGCGACAAACCUCAUGACAAGGGUAGUGAGGAACUGGCACGCCAACAUCAUCAUGCAGAUCGCGGAGAAGAUAACACGGGUGAGAGCGGAGAUCAGGUGGGUAAGAAAGGGAGAGGUCGAGGUCGAGGUGGUAGAGCGGGCGGGGGAGGUCGGGGACGUGGACAGCAAUUUUACAACACGCAUUCGGGAACACCGCCUCGGGACAACAGCUUACAUUUGGUAAGCGAGCUAGUAGGAAAGCCACCGCCAGGGCCACGCAUGCCGGACGGAACGCGGGGGUUUUCGACGGGCAGGGGGAAGACUCUGGCUGUGAACACUGCUGUGAACUCGAUGGCGUAGUAAUAGAGGGGUUGGAUAAAAGAAAGCGUGGUUUGGAGUUGGUACCCAAUUGGAAUGGUGGAGCGUUGUGGCUCCCAGCGAAUGGGAUGUGUUUUGUGGCGAAGGGACUGAGAGGUGUUUCAGUUUGGAUUUGUGAAAAAACAUCAAUUGGAUGAGUCGAUGUACAUACUUUGUUGAAUGAGUACAAUCCGCCUGCUCUUGAGCUCA